AUGUACUCACCAGGACUUGGGCCCAUCCCCUUCACACUUGCUUCCGAAAGUUUUCCCCUCUCUCAGCGUGAGGCUGGAUGUUCUGCCGCCAUCUCAGUCAAUCUUUUCUUUGCGGGUAUACUCACGAUCGUGUUUCCAGCUGUCAAUGACGCGCUGAAGCCGUAUGGUACGCUAGCGCUAUUCGCUGGACUCAAUCUCGUGGCAUUUGCUCUGGUCUUUUUGCUCGUCGAGGAAACCAAGCAGGUAAGCCUUGAAGAGCUGAGUCUCAUCUAUGCGGUGCCAAAGAAGGACUUCGUACGGUUCCAGCUCAGAGAGCAUUUGCCAUACCUCGUCAAGAGAUACCUGACGCGUACUUGGAGUGGCGGUGAUCCACCCAACUUUUACACAAAGGUUAUUGAUGGUUCUUAUUCUCACGAGAUGGGGCCAAUGAGGCGGGAUGAAUCGACGGGCGAAUGA